CACCACGAUUCCAAACUGGAGUAUCAUCAUAUUCCAAUUUACCUAGUCCACAGCCAGCAUUGACAGAAAUCCUAUAAAUAGACGUAAUAACAUGAUUUUAUUGUUGGCUCUCCAGUUUAUCAGGAUUACUAAUAUAGCUCGUUAAAUCAGGAACCAUUAGAAAUGCCUGAGCGAACCGGACCUCCUGCAUAGUAUCUAUAGCCAAUACUUUUAUUGAUCGUUACGUCAAGAGAUCAUGCCGCUUUAUAAGGACUAAUCAAAGAGAGAUUUUUCAAGAUAAUGAGCCGAAUAAUAAUUGGAUAUAAAAUUUAGCACAGUGAUGGAAAGGUAAAAGGAAGGAAAACAAAGGUCAAUUUUUUAAUGCUGUUAAUACUUACCUGUUGCAUAUUGAGCUUAGGAUAAUCUUAUGUCUAUCUGUACAAGGAUUUACGUAUUUGGAUUCAAUAUGCAUGUAAAAUAUAUAUUGAAUCCCUAUUGAUUUCAGAGAUUUUCUAUUAUCUAAUAAGCCUGUAGUGCUAUUGCUACAGUUCAACGACCUGUGCACUUCCGGUCAAUUAGUUCCGGUUCCCCAAUACUGCAAUGGCGGAUAGAUUUGAAAGUGGUAGUAGACAAGAAUGCCUUUGUUAUUAGGAAAUGAAAAUAGCAGAUAACGAUAGAGUCUUACGGUACCCCUGUCAUGGACCAGUAUCACUGAUGCAAACCAGCUUAGAGUAUAAAGGAUGCUGGUAAAUGAUUCUGUGUCAACCAUGGGAUCCAAAUGCGCUGGGGGUUUCAUCCUUAAGUGCUGACUGGUAGGAAAUUUUGCGGGCGUAAAUUUAGCAGUCUGUACGUUCACACCUGCGGAAGCGCUUGGUGAGUGUGAGAAUUUCUGGAUAGUAGGAAAAAUCGGUCUAGCUAAAUUUUCCAUAUAAUAAAUAUGCAUCGUGCAAAUAGGGAGAGCAUCGAGUAUAAAAAGACGACGGGUCUGGAAAAAAAGGGAUACUGAUAAAAUGAAGAAAGAAUCCUAAAAAAUAGAGGUUAGAAAGAAAAAAAUUGAUUAUCUUAAAAAAGCGGAAAUUACGAGAAAGAUUCGAUCUUUAAUUGUGUCUAUUCGGCGAAAAAUUGCAAGGUCUCCUGUGUCUCUCUGUAUCGUCUUGAGUUCCUUAUUUCUUGCUCAAAGUCAAACUGUUUGGCUUCAUCAAUCAUAGUACACGUUGUAGGCAAUCCUUCAUAGAAAUCUUGGAGGCUAACCGGAAGUCCUCCCCUAGUAGAAGGCUCGCGCCUGUUAUAACAUCCGGCAGAUCGGAAACACCCGGUAUCCGGAAAGGUUCAUAUUCUCAUAGAGUAUCUAUGUAUAGGGUUUUUUAGUACAAGCGGACCACCAUAGGUGGCUCUACCAUAGAAAUCAAAUGGACAGGCUAAUUUCAGAUAGUGCGUUUGUCGUUAAUAGCUAAAUAGAUAUCUGACUAUCCAUAGGUAUAACCUACAAAUCAAGAUCUAUUAUAAUUACUCACAAGGAUUAUGUUAUAGAGUAUCAGAUAUGAUAUCAGUGAACUGGAAGUAAAAUGUUAAUUGUAAUAUCUAUAAUGUAUAUAGCAUUCUAGCUGAAACAGAAGAGAACCAUUGGAGCGCGUCAAAAGGGGAUGCCCAGGACAGGAUGGUAGUUGGGAUAAGGUGGAUAAUUAAUGUGAUGUCACGCAUCGAGGCAACCUUCCAUCGUAGUCUGGCGCUCUUUCACCCCCUAGCGCAGCAGGAAGCGCUGCCAGGUCGCCACCCCUUGAGAGGCAGGCAUCCACUGAAAACUCGUAUCUCGCCUAACAUAAGAUAAGCCGAAAUCCUAUUAUAGUUCGUUGUAGAUUGCCCUAAAUAGUUGGCAUUCGCAAGUUGGCUGCCGUGAGGAUGGUCCUGGGGAUAAGGUUACUGAGGGCGAAGAGAGGGCUAUAGGUGACAGGGUGGUUCAAAAGCUGCGGGUUACCCAGAACACUAACUAUAUGUAUAUAACAGCCAGGAAGGUUCUGGAGUUUAAAUGAGAGUUUGCGCCCCAUAAAUUAUUGCAUUCGAGUCGCCGCCUCCUGUACAUGUAAACACGCCUUUAGCCCGGUCCUGCCUCGCCCAUCCUUAUCCUUAUAUUCAGCGACCACCCAUCUCCGACCUUCCGCAGCGCGAUCAAGGUUGAGAAAUCAAGAUCUGAUUGGGAGAGUCGAUAAAUGAAUUAUUUAUAUAAAAUUGUUAUUAUAGGUAUUGAACAAAUGAAUAUAUUCGGUGAUUCGAUGGCGUUCAUUUUGGCUCUAAGAAAAUCAUCAAUUCAUGAUGACAUACAAUUCGUACCCUUAGGAUGACCCGCGUGGGAACCUGUUUCCCUAGGGUCCCUAGGGUCUCCCGACAAAACCGUCUGUCACCGACAUCAUCCUCUUGGAGUUCCUGACCUCUUGGUGACGUUAAUGCAAGACGUUUCUCUUCCGUAGGGAGCGCUGGUGCGGGGUGAGGCGGAACAGUCCAAUGAACUGACAGUUAGAAGUCCAAUUCGACUUAGAUGUUAUUCCCCACGAAAUGAGUUUCUUCCUGAGGAAGGUACUUUUUUCGGGGUUAGUCGAUACGAGUCCCCAAGUUAUAUCCCAAAAUAAAUUAGGGGAUGUCAGAGUUCAGUAAUAUCACUAAUCCAUUAUAAUCCAAAUAUAAUUUACUUACAGUAUUCCUAUUGAGAAAAGCAAUCAUCCUUCCGCAGAGAUUUCCUGUUUGUAAUCAUCCAUAUUCCAAUUUUCUUUUGGACCAAGUACACUGUAAGCAGAUAUAGCAUUGUCUGGUUUCAGCAUCAAAGAGAUACAAAGACUAGGUAAGCAAUGUAGCAAGAGCAAGGUAGCUGGCACGUCUAGGUGUACGCGUUCAGCACCCCCUGACGACUCAACCUCGCACCGCGAGUGUCGGUAUCGACUGGGGUUUGUCGGGAGUGGGUGCGCCGUUCUACUGGUGGGGGUAAAGAGUCGUGAAGUUUCGUGGAUCCUCGGGUAAGAUCGUGAGGUUUCGUAUAGCGGGUUUCAGGCACAUGUUCAGCUUAUAGGAAUGGAAUCGGCUGUAGUCGGGUGUCUUCGGUUCAUUCGGGCGGUAGAUGCUCGUGCUUGUAAGCGCUGCUACGGGCUUGUGCAAUAUAUAGAAUACCGGGCGGUUCGCUUCGGGUAACUUCGACGAUGCUCGUGCCCUGCCGGCGACGUCUCGCGUCGGGGCUUCCACAUGGUUUGGUAUUGGCUCCCGGGGCGCAGGGUGGCUGUGCGACGGCGACGGGGCUGGCGACUACGUACGCGACGCGACGGGGUAGCUGCACGACGAGCCCCUGAGUAACGGGGAGCUUCAGUACUAAGGAGGGUAGUUUGCCGGACUGUUUGUGCGAUCUGGACGAUGGCGUAACACGUCGAGAAUGUUACCGGGAGUGCGGCCAGUCCUUGAACCUUGAACGAGAUUACAUACUGUUGAUUUGGAUUAUUAUGAGAUGCACGUUUUUAAACCGAUAGAUACCUUACGCUAUCAAGCCGGGUAUAUUGUUGAGACUGUGUCCUCGUGCACCUUCUUCGCGAUACGGAUUGAAUCGGUCUUCUUCAGACACUGAAGAGAAUUCUAUGAUACUGGAAGGUUUAAAAGGUUCGCGAGUGUCGGGAUUUAAAGCAUCGAAAGGAGAGUGUUAAAGGGAAAUACUGUUAGGCAAGAGAAGCUUGGCCUUCAUCGAGGACCUGGUGAAGUGAUUGAAUGAGGUUGCUGUGACUCCUGUAGAUCGACGGCUCCCAUGUAUUAAUUCCUGAGUCUCGAAGUUCCUAUUUAUUCUCUCCAGGUUGUAUACGUUGUUUUCGAUAUGUUCAUUUCUUUGUUGUCUAGUUUGUUUCUCUGUCUCUCUGCUCCAUCCAGCCGUUCCUUUUUCAUCUCUCCCGCUGAGCGUACUUGAGAGGAGAGAGAGUAAGAAGAGAGGAGGCAGUAUCAGUCUCUGAGUCUACGUUACAGCACAGCACGUCAUCCAUAUCGCAAGCUCUACUACUUACUCGUACACGUUCACCUUCGCAGCCGAGACUAUCCCACUCCAUCCCAUAGACCCAUCUACCCAGCCGUUCUACCCCCCACCAGCGCCAUCACCGCCGCCACGAGCAGAAGCAGCACCACCACCAGCACCAGGGUGAACCCAGUGAACCCAUCCCUUAGCUAGGGAGGUUAAAGCGUGCUAAAGUGAUCUUUUCGCCGUGUGUCCUCGUCGUGAUCGCGACUCCUGUGGAUGGCUUCAGGAAGUACAACCGGAGGAUCGUCAUCGCGGUGGAUGAUCCAAUCGUAUUGUGGAUUAGAAGUGUACAGCAGGUGGACCGACACCUGGUGAAUCCGAAGGAGCUGCUCGAUUCCCGGUAACGAGCCUCACCAGGUGAAUUUUAACCUCGUGCCGGGAGGAUGGACGCGCCGUGGACGUGCCCGAGGAAGCUCGGCCGUAGGAGUAGCGGGACGAGCUACGAGGAUAAGAAUAAAAAAGAGUGUGGGCUUCUUCGAGGAUCGCGACGACCGUCCCUUGGCCCACCCAGGAUCCUCUACUGGUAGCGUCUUAAGACGUGGUGUGUCUAAGCUGCUCAAGAACUCGUGGACGUGGUUCAGGGUGGAAGACUUCAACGUGCUACGGUUUUUUAUAUCCAAGACGAUCAUCGUUAAUACUCGACGACGUCGUACUUCCUCUCAGGGUAUACAAGUGUUCGUUGAACUUACUCUUAAGCUAUCAUCAUACACUCACUCCUGGCCUGAUUUUACCCUACGGGGAUGACGCUGGCGGGCAUGGGCCCGUCCGAGCAACACGACAUCCUCGUCCUCGCAACGCUUCUAUGGGAACUACGAGUAUCCUUUGCGAUCACCUGCAGGACACUCAGGACGCCCGGGGUUCGGUAGCUCGUCCUUCCUUAUUGCUCUUCAUCGACGCCCGCGGGCAAUGUGCCCACCCGCCGGCAACGUAACGGGUGGACAAGGCGUACGAUGCUUAGGGAUGCUCGUAGGGACGACGGCUGGAAAGGCUGGUGGCGAUGGUGGUCUCGGUUAGGCGGAUUAUUGGCGAUGGCGACGGCCAUUUCCUGCCUGGUCGGACCGUUUCCGGGUGCCUCGGCCAAUCCGGAAGCGAAACGGCUCUACGACGACCUCCUCUCGAACUACAACCGGCUCAUCCGGCCCGUCGGAAAUAACAGCGAUCGGCUCACGGUCAAGAUGGGACUGCGUCUCUCGCAGCUUAUCGACGUUAACCUGAAGAACCAGAUAAUGACGACGAACGUCUGGGUGGAACAGGAGUGGAACGAUUACAAGCUCAAGUGGAACCCGGACGACUACGGAGGGGUUGACACCCUUCAUGUACCAUCCGAACACAUUUGGCUACCUGACAUCGUUCUCUACAACAAUGCUGAUGGUAACUACGAGGUGACCAUCAUGACCAAGGCGAUCCUCCAUCACAAUGGGAAGGUCGUCUGGAAGCCACCGGCCAUUUAUAAAUCAUUUUGUGAAAUUGACGUCGAGUACUUUCCCUUCGACGAGCAGACCUGCUUCAUGAAGUUUGGCUCCUGGACGUACGACGGUUAUACGGUGGAUCUACGUCAUCUGGCGCAAACGGAAGAUUCAAAUGAGAUCGACGUGGGUAUCGACCUGACCGAUUACUACAUUUCCGUAGAAUGGGAUAUAAUAAAGGUGCCUGCUGUUCGUAACGAGAAGUUCUACAUCUGCUGCGAGGAGCCCUACCCGGACAUCAUCUUCUACAUAACCCUAAGGCGCAAGACACUCUUCUACACGGUGAACCUGAUAAUACCGUGCGUGGGUAUAUCGUUCCUCUCAGUGCUGGUGUUUUAUCUGCCAAGUGACAGCGGUGAGAAGGUGUCAUUGUCAAUCUCAAUUCUCCUGUCGCUCACGGUGUUUUUCCUACUCCUCGCCGAGAUCAUACCGCCGACCUCACUGACGGUACCGCUCCUGGGGAAGUACCUGCUCUUCACGAUGGUGCUGGUGACUUUGUCGGUGGUCGUUACGAUAGCCGUGCUUAAUGUUAACUUUCGUUCGCCGGUUACCCACCGGAUGGCGAAUUGGGUGCGGGUCGUAUUCAUUCAGGUGCUGCCGCGCUUCCUCCUGAUAGAGAGGCCAAAAAAGGAUGAUAACGGUAGUGGUGCUAGUAGUACUGAUCCGAGUGAUAACGGUGAUAACGUUGAUGGGGAUGAUUUGGAUGCCGAUGGGAAGCCCCCAGAGGGCAUCCUUACCGAUGUGUUCCAUGUACAAGAGACUGAUAAGUAUGAUCCUUAUUGUGGCAAAAGGUUCAGCGUUGAGUACGACGUACCUGCUCUGCCGGUACCAGGAUCAAGGUACGAGCAUGGCGCGGUCGGUAACGUCGCGCCUCGCUUUGACGAACCACUACCCUCGCUACCGCUCCCGGCCGCCGACGAUGAUCUCUUCGGUCCCUCCAGCCCGGGUUACGUUCACGAGGACGUCAGUCCCACCUUCGAGAAGCCCAUGCUGCGCGAGAUCGAGAAAACGGUCGACGACGCACGGUUCAUUGCUCAACACGCCAAGAAUAAGGACAAGUUCGAAAGCGUCGAGGAAGACUGGAAGUACGUGGCGAUGGUACUCGAUAGGAUCUUCCUCUGGAUCUUCACUCUGGCCUGCGUCUUUGGUACGGCCCUGAUCAUACUCCAGGCACCGAGUCUUUACGACACGACGAAGCCGAUCGACAUUAAGUAUAGCAAAAUCGCCAAGAAGAAGAUGAUGCUGAUGAAUAUGGGCCCGGAGGAGGACUAGUCGAUGACGCCGCGCGGCUCAGCUCGCCGCCAUCGUUUUCGCACCGGUUCGCAUAGUUCACGCCGUCUAUCCAGGUGGCGCGACGUACGACGACGUAGACGUCGUUCCAGCGCGGCGAAUUCAAUCGCUCGCUGGUUAUCGUCGCGUCGAUUUAUAACCACUAAGAAAAAUCUCUCGUCCUGCCAUUAUGAAGUUGCGAAUGGCGCUUUGAGGAGUCGGAUGAUCGGAUGAGGAUUUAUGUGUCUGGACGAUGAGAAAAAGUACGCGUGGUGAACGGGAAACGGAGAGAGAGAGAGAGAGAGAGAGAGAGAGAGAGAGAGGAGUGAGAGGGGUAAAAGUGGAAAAGAAUUGAAUCGAGAGGGAGGAAGUAGAAAUGCAAAAGUGCCAAAUACCCAAAAAGCGAACCGUAUUUUUGUAAAUCUGGUUUCAUACGUAAGGCUAAUAGUCGUGCGGCGAAUCGUCUAAAGAGAACCUGAACUGCCGAUUUUAUAUAAGAAGACGUUUAAGCAAAAGAAAAAAAUAAUAUAUAAUAAAAUAAUUAACGGAACGGCGGAGAGCGCGAUGGCGUUAUUGGGUAACGACGAGGGGUGGUACUAGGGAGGAGGCGAAUAAUAAUAAAAUAAAUAAAUAAAUAAAGCGCGAGGAAAAGGAGCUAUAAGAAACAAAGAAACAAACAGAAAAACAUAAAUCGCUUGUAAACAACUGCCAAUUUCAGAAGCGGCCUCUAUCUAACUAGCCGGGGGAGGAUGAGGGUUGAGGCAUCUAGAAGAAAGGAAUCAAGAGCAAGAAGAGAAGGUGAAAGAGAAAGAGAGAAAGAGAGAGAGAAUGAAAAACAGACAUAAGGAGAGACAAGUUCAUCAGUAUCUCCGGAUGAAUUGAAUAAAUUUGUAUAAUAGCCGUCUUACCAAUAAUCAAUUAACGAGGAAGACAACAACAACAAAAAUGGCUGAAUGAACGCAGUGGAUAAGACUUGUGCCAAAAAUUUCCUAUGAAGUCGCGCGCCCGUCUGGUUACCAAAAAAUACUGAUUUUUUGGCAUUUUCGAAAAUUCUUAUUAUACCGUAAAGACCUACCUUCGGAUUUGAGAUUCCCGUAUCACUCCUUCCUCAAGAUAUCAAAGUGGGCCAAAAUCAAUCCAGUCUGGCUCCGAUUGAAAUUUUGAAAAUUUUCUACCAGGGAAUUGUGCCAUAACAUAAUUACAUAAUUACAUAAAUACGUGCCAAAAUCGUCUGACACGCGCAUCUCAUUCCUGUCGGAUUAUGACGAAUUUAUAAUUUUUUUUUUCUAAUAUGCAAAAUUCUCAAAUAUCCAAAAUCGGGGAUGAGUUAUUCGAGAUAUUCGAUAUUAUUAUAAGAAAUAAUUAAUACAACGUAUCCGUAUGAGUGAAUGAUAAAGGGGUCUAACGAUAAGACGUUCGCGCGAUGUACUCGGCCGAAUAUGUGAAUAUCAAAAUGGCAAUCGCAAGUUGACGAGAGGAAAAGUAAAAAGAAUAGCUGACGUUUAACGUGCACGUACACAGGAAUGUUGAUGAGGACGAAGACGAAGAAUCUGAGGAAUAAAAAAAAAAUGAAACACACAAGUUAUACCGAAGAGGUUGAAAAAUGGGCGCAGAAAAAAAAUAUGGCGCCUCCACCCCCCCACCGCGGUAUAAUAAUCAAUUUAUUUGCUCAUAUAAAAAUAAUGAAUAAUGUUAAUGUGCAUAGCUAUAUAUAUAUAAAUACAUAUAAAUAUAAUUGAUUAAGGGGAAGUAUAACGGUUACUCAACCAGAGGGACAGAAUUACGUAUUACGAAAGGGACAGAAGAAUGUUUUGUUCGGUGUAUGAGAAAAACAAAAUAUCCAUGAAUGAACAGCGAGUAUGUGAUGCGUGCGACGGAACAAUGAAAGAGUCCAGUGUGUGUGUAUGCGUUGAAAAAAAAAAUGUAUGAAAGUCGAAGAGGAAUUUGAUCGUAACGAGCGAGAUUAUUAAUCGAUUCGAAAAGAAGUUUGCUCACAAAUUGUAGAAGAAAAAAAUUUUCUUUUUGUUUGGGGGAAAAAUCAGCUAACUAGAGGGGCGUUUAGCGAAAGGGAGAUAUUGAGGGACGAAUCGAGACGAUGAAUUACAAACGAACAAAAUACACGAACAAAAUGUCAAACUCACUGUACUAGACUCACCUGUACAGCUUCCGAGAGUGUUUUGUUAUUUUAUUUAAUUUUUAAUUUUGCAAACCAUUCGGGAAAAUAAUUCGCAUGUGUAUUUAUAUUACCGUAUAUGCAUGUGUUUAUUCACUGUAUCAUGGAUGCGAAAUUGAUAGGCUGUCGGGCCACUACGUACAUUGGUCUACCAUUUAAUUAGUAUAUUUCGCGUUAACUUUUAUAUAUUUGCGAGCGACGCUGAGUCGAUUCGAAUAUCGGACGAAUUUGUAUGAAAUAUAUACGUAUAUACAGUAGCGUCAAGAGAAAAAUGAAAAAAAAAAUUCGAUAUUAGAUACUGGACAAUUUUUUCAAAUCAGACUCGUGCGCAAACAAUCAUUCUCACGCAUGCGCCCAAGGAUAGAAUGGCUCGGGGAUAGGAUGACUCGGGAAAUGAAAUAAAAAAUUUGAAUUAUAGAGAACGAAGACAUUUGAAAUUUUUAUUAUUAUUAUAUGUUUUUCUUUUAAGAUUGUAAAAUCAUUGUCGGAUGUGUUUUUGAUAUAGUUCCACAUAAACACGCACACGUUGUUAACAAGACACUCGGCGGUGGCGCCAUCUGUUCUCGAAUGAUCGAUUUUCUCACUUAUUAAUCAUUAUUGUGAUCGCUAUGUUGGGUUUCCGGUCUAAUAAGAACGAUUUCCGGGUGACGUUUGUAUAAAUACUGUCGAUCAAUUUCGCCUGGGUUAACGGAACGUCAAUGCCGCGUAACAAAAUAGAGAUAAGGAUUAAGAUGACAGAAAAAAAUGUGUUUGUUGUGUGGUGAUGCGCAAGCGGUUAAUUUUUUACUUUUUUACUUCUUUUUUUUUUUUUAUUUGGAUAAUACAAAUUUUGAAUAUGGGGAGAGACACGAUUUAUCAUGUGUAAACGCUAACACUUAAUACGCUAAAUAUGAAUAAAUAAUAACGAGAGGAGAGAAGGAAAAAAAAUAUACUAUUUAAUAACGAUGCUAAAUAAUGAUAAAAAUGAAAAACGAUAACAAUAAUGGUUACGCUAACGAUUAUUAUUGUAAUAACGAUUAAUACUUAAUAACGAUUAAUACUUGUAACGAUAAAUGUAUCAAGAAUAAUAAUACUAAUAAUAAUAAUGAAUAAUAAUAAUAACGAUACAACAAUAACGAUAAUAUGGAUAACCAUUGAGAAGUUCGUCAGGCCCCGAUCGUCGCCGAAAUCAAAAUUCGUGGCGUUUUUUUAUUUAUUUUAACUUUUAAUUUUUUUCUUUUUGCGAUAAUCGUGUUGGAAUUUUUUAGAUUUUUUUUAGUCACACACAUAACACAAAACGAUACGGACAUAUGACGUCACGCUUACCAUGCACGUUCAAAAAACACAAAAUGAUAUACGUACGAUAGGUAUAGUUUCGCUGAGCGUGAGAAUUAUGGAUGAAAGUUUUUUGGGGAUUUUUAUUUUGAAAUUUUCUUUCACUUCGUUCUCCCUUACAAGGAAUAUCUCGGGCGUGUUCGUGAAACUUUUUAGAAACCGAAACGAUCUAGGGAUCGAUCGAUCGCGCGAGACAAUCGUGUGCCGCGGGGAAUGAUUUUGGAUUUCCAAAAAAAAGACAAGUGAAAAACGGGAAAAAAAAUGGAAAACAAAAAGAAUGCGCGUUUUUUUUUCCCAAUAUCUCAUCAGUGCGCGCCUGCCUUCCUCGUCGUCACAAUUUUUGUUUAUCUUCCACGAAUCGUCGCGAUAUUUUCUCGGUGCGUAAAAUCGGCCAAUUUGAAAAAAAAAGGUUGAGAACGCGGCGCAAAUCGUCUUCCCGCAAUUUCGAUUUCGAAUUGUCGCCGAAGAAGGGUGUGCCACCCCUCCCCUCCGCUCAUCUCUUCGACUCUACCCAGGUAUUUUGGGAAAAGUUGAUUUUGACGCUUUGCUGAAUUUUAAUGACGGUUUUUUGAAUUUGAUGAUUUUUUUUUCUUUUUUUCAAGAUUGAUGACAGCCGGAGGUGGGCACACCUCUCGCACUAAUCGUUAACUCUUUAGGACGUAGCGCGUUAUAUUAAUUAAGGGAGCCGGUGGUGGCGGAUACAGAGCGGCCGAAGUCCGCGACGACUUCUUUCUCGAGGAUUGCUCGCUUGGGCCGCUCCUACUGCCGCUUACUUUUUGACUCAUUAAACGUGCAACUAAUUAGGUAAGUAAUUAAAGUAACUCUAGAUAGGUUUUUCGCCGAUUGCGAUACCCUCCCCGAGGCCGGGACUAGACUUUUUUUAAUGGACGUACUCCAAUUUCACUUUUUUUCCCAAAAAUUGCCACCGUCAAGAAUUUCGCUGAACUUUUUCAAAAAUAAUUCAUCGAGGCGUUCCAAUAUAUUUUUUUAAACCGUAAAUCUGCUGGGGGCGGUUUCGCAAUUGUAAAUUCGCUCAAUCGUCAGAAGGCUCAAAGGGAUGACGGAACAGUGAAAGGGGUAAAAUUUUCGAAUAGUUAAAAAUCGACGGUAUCGUUUCUUGCCGAUAGAACUGAAUUGAUUUUUCAUUGUCACCGGUGGGACUCACGCCCUUUUCGGAUGCGGGACCGUCCAUAUAAGAGAAGAGCACCCGGUACGGUAUCUCAAAAAAACAUUCGAAAUUGUAUAAAUUAUAUUUUUUUGAAUUUUUUAUUCCACCAUUACCGCCAUUUUUUCCUUUUUUUUACUGUCAUUAAUUUUUCCAGCUAAUUUCCUUAAUCCAAAAUAUACAUUUUUUAACUGCGCUCCCGCCGGCACACAACAAUACCAUACCACACGAUACACACUCAACAAAAAACUUUCAACUUUCAACGAGAGAAAAUUUGCUGAAGUACUUAAAUACUCCAAAUUUUUUUUUAAAUCGCACCAGAUAGACUCGUCAUCGGAUUGUCUUUUAUGUUAUUAAUCGGAGUGCGAGUGUGCGUGAUAUGCGUGGAAAGAUAAGAGGGAUUUAGCGUACAGGAAAAAUAAAAUUUGAAGAUGCGACCGUCGGGACAGAAAUGAAGAAUAAAAGAAUAUUCUUCAUCUUUGAUAGCAGUAAUUAGCUAAUAAAAGCAUUUUAAAUUACGUAUGUUGGAUUACGUAACAUGUUAUAUAUAUAUAUAUUGAGUACAUACACGCACUUUACUCGUACGAAUAGGAUUAAUAAUAACAAGCGCCAUUGUUUAAAUUAUUCUCUCAAAACCUAGACAUUAAUAAAGCCGCGCGAUUUGCCAAAAAAAAUGGAUGGACGAGAGCGUAAAAAAAUUUUUUUGGGAAAAUGAAAGAAACACGAAAAAGCGAUAAGUUAGGUGCGAUUUGAGUUCUAUCACGAUUUACGAGUUCCGUGUAUUUAGGCGAUUUUAGAAAAGACAAAAAUAAGCACGCGACAUUUUUUGGACUAUCCUUGGUGAAAUAAUCAAUGAGAGAGAGAGAGAGAGAGAGAGAAUGUGUAUUAAUUAGAUAACUAUCGUAUGUCUUCCUUGGAGUACACCCGAACGCGGGAUCCUCGUUCGCACUCGAUUGGCAGCCAUUUUUAUUUUUCUUUUCCAAAAAUUCUCCUUCAAUUACGUCAAUUCCCUGAAGCGUGUACAUAGACAUUUUUACGAAUAAAUUUAACGUAGUAAGAAAUUUAAUAAAACGAAAACUGAUUUAAUUUUGAAAAUUUUUUUACGUAUCCUCAAUGGUAUUUCAUGCUUUCACCAGCAGCCAACCGAGCGCCAAGUAGCUUGAACGACGAUGGCGGCGUUCGAAAUGAGUUAACCUAAAAAAUAAAAAAAUAAAAAAUAAAACAGCUUACCUAUUAAAUAAUGAAAUAAAAGACGUGUAUAAAGGAGAGGAGUGAGAGAGAGAGAGAGAGAGAGAGAGAGAGAGAGAGAGAGAGAGAGAGAGAGAGAAAGGAUGUGUGAGUCUAUAUACGUGAGCGACGUAUUACGAAGGAACGAGAGAGAGAGAGAGAGAGAAAGAUGAUAAGUGGCCGUAUCACACGAUGAACCUUUUGAAAAUAACUCCGAUGCCAGUUAGUUCCAGUCGUUCAUCUUUUUCUCUUUGGAUAAAUUCCACGUUUUCCCUCAGAAUCCAUCCCCCUGUCCUUUCCAACCCUUCUUGUCAAGGACAAUACUAGAAAAAAGAAGAGCAAAGAAAUCCCAAGGAAUUCGCCCUUCCAGAACCUCCAAGGAAAGAUAAAGCAAUGAGAUAUAGAUAAAGCCACAGAAAUGACUACCUUUUUACAAGAAAACGUUUCGCCCUUAAGAUACCAAUUUUUUUUUUUCCCCCAUAUACCAAAUGCCUGGAAUUGAGAUUUUUCCACUGCGGGAGAAUCUUCCUCCUGUACCCUCUCCCACCCCCACUUUCUUCAACUCGAACUCCUCUCACAUUUUUUUUUCUCGUUCCCCUCGUGUUUACCUCCUUCGCACAUUUUUUUUACUACCCUCCGUCUUCGCCAUUCAAUCGCCCCCCGCCCCCUCUCAACCUCCGCGCGUCAACGAAGAAACGGAAUUUUUUUGUCCUUUUAUUUUAUUUUGAUUUUUUUUUUAUUCGUUCAACCAAACGAUACGCAAGAGCGCAUGAAUAAGAUGCAUAAGACAUGAAGCAUCCUCCGACGAAGCACUAAUUUUAAUUAGAACUGAUUACUGCUAAAUUGCACGGUAAUGCUCUAACGGGGCACCAAGCGGAGAAUUAUGGAGCUAAAGCGCGAGAGAGAGAGAGAGAGAGAGAGAGAGAGAGAGGGAUAGAAUUUCUAGCAACGAUGGCAAAGCGUGAAAAAUUUUAGUCGAGUAUGACUUAAAGAGAAAAAAGAAUGUAUGAUGUGAAUCUCGUGAAAGAAUUUCGAAAAUGUUAAUAGGGGUGUGGAGUGGGGAUGGGGGGAAGGAAAAAAAAGUAAAAAAUUUUUUUUCGUAACAUGUAUCCAAAUGACAAUGACCGUAUCGACGUUAAUCAAGCUGAUAAAUGAUUAUUUGAAAAACUGAUAGUAUUGUUAAGACAAUCAGACUUAAUAUUACUCCGGCCAUCUCACGAUAAGGCGCCAGGGACACCACUUCGCGCGAGUAUGACGAAGAAAGGGAUAUAUAAAAAAUAACUCACGGUCCAUUCCCUCGUAGCGAUACGUCGUUAACUACCCUCGCGGUGGGGGUGGUUGAAGGGCCGUAAUUCUGACUUCGGCUGAAAUUACGUAAUUUACACACACUUAGGACACGUACCGCGUAUAAAAAUAUAAAUACGUACUGCUGGUACUUAGGGGGGAUAUGUGGGUCACAGGUGGGGGUAGGGUGGGAUUGGAGGGGGAUAGUGCAAUUUGAGAAUGCAAUGAUGGAUAAAGACAUCCAUUAAAGAGAGGACGAUAACGAUUACGUAUUAAUUCUAAUCGAGGCCGUGAGAUGGCGCUGCGAGUACCGGUGAAUAUUUUCCUGGGAUAAUAGUGGUGAGAAAAAAAAUUUACAAGUAGGGAAAAAGAAUUAAAAUUUACCAACGAACGCCUCUCCCGUCGUACCCUUGGAUGCGGUGAGGGAAAUUUUUUUUGAAAAAAAAAAAUUCGUUUUCAAGGUACUCGUGCCAAAGGCCAUUCGUCGUUUAGAGUGGCGGAGGGUACGGAGAUGAAAUUAAGGGUUGAUUAUUAUAAUUUUUUUUGUUUUUUUGAAAAUCUCACGGACGCUCCCGGUUGACUAGUGGGUGGUGGGUUAUAUACACUAAAGGCUAAUACCAAUAUUACCUAAUGCUAAUCGUAGAUUUUUGAAAUUUAAUAAUAUACGAUAAUAUUAAUAAAAAGUGUUAAUGCAAAGUACUCGGUACCACUGAGCGGAAGAAUUGUGCCCGGGCGUCGGGACGCUUUUUUGUAACGCCUCAUUUUCUACGAUCGGCUGGCGCCGCGGCGCCAAUCGAAACAAACAGAGACAGUUGUUAAGGGUGAGAAAUAAAAGAGACAGAGAAGAAACUCCUCGCGCAGUAAUUACAGUGAAUAAUGAAUAACGUGAAAAUGGAACGGCGAUAAAAAAUUUUGAAAAAAAAAGUAAAUCGUCAAAAAAAUGGCGUUAAGAGUGAAAUUCGAUGACGUAUGUUUGACGUUUACCGAUGCACCUUUCUGACACUGGAUAUACAUACGUGACACAUACGCCACACACAUGCGGGUUUGGGAGUGCAGUUUUGGAUUUUUGUUUGUUUUUUUUUUUUGACACUUUUAUUUGCUCACCUAUUGGUCACCGAAAUUGCUGUGUAAUAGGCUGUGGUAAUAUUACCUCUUUAUAAGAAAUUCUAUCUUAGCUCUACUAACCACAUACACAUCCUUCCCCUUUGUUCAACCAUUGGUGGUAUUAUUUUGAAUUUUUUUGGUUACUCCCAAUCGACAGAAACGAAAAACAAUUUUUUUUCAUCGUCACGUUGGCAAUGCCGCUCGACGAGGGAUUUUUCUGUUUUGACUUCUAUUUUUAAAAAAUUGGACUCGCGACGUUUGAAAAUCGGGACGAUGUUUUGACGCUGGUGGCGUUUGCGUAUUAUGUAUACAUUGUAUUGAAAAAAAAAGAAGACGAUGAAAAAUGAAACAGAAAGAGAGAUAAGUAAGCAGAAUCGGGAGAACGAGUUAACGGUGUAAGGUAUCGAAUCUACAUAGUUACAAUUGUUACGAUAAAAUUACGGGUAAUUAUUAAGAAGAAUUCUAGACUUUUUCUAACUAAUCGAAUCGUAACGGCGGACUCGUGCCAAUCCUCUAGAUUUUACGACCUACAACGCAAGGAUUUACGUGAGUGCCCAAAUGUAUCUGUAUGUUAUCCAAGUAUGCAAGAGCGAUUCAUCUGCAUGAAUAUGAGUUACGAAUGCAUGUGAGAGAGAGAGAGAGAGAGAGAGAGAGAGAGAGAGAGAGAGAGAGUUCAAGAGAAAUGAAAGAAACGCUGUUAUCCUACUAAGUCGGCUAUGAUAUAGUACAUUUGAUUAUUCGUCGUUUAACGAGAGCGGGCAGUAAGAAUGACAAAGAGAAAAUGCGAACGAAUGGAUGAAACAUACAGAGAGAAAGAGAGAAAGGCAAUAUGAAAUUUUGAAUACCCGAAACAAAAAAAAAUUAAAAUAUUCAGAAACGAAUGGCCAGGAAAAAAUUAUAAAACAUUUUGCCGGACAUUAAACUUUGUUAUCUUUGAUUACCUUAUCGUUUCAUUAUAUCACUCGAGAUAGAACUCCAUGGUAUACGUUGUCUAUGGUAGAGACCACGUCGCGACGCUACGCGUCGGACACUCGCUACGCUCUAAGUGUGAGAAAUCGAAGACGUAAGAAAGAGAGAGAAAGAAAAUAAUAAUAACAUUUAUCCUUGUUAAUUCGCCUAAAUCAUUAAAUAUUGUAUCAAAUAUUAUUAUUAUUGUACAAGUUAUUUAUCUUUAAUAAUACAUAAUAAUUCAUUUUUAUCCCAGCUAUUGUUCUCUAAUUAUAUAUUGUAAAUAGGAAAUAUGAGGGGAGACAUGGUUAUACUUAUCGCAAUCGAUAUAUCCGAAUGGCGAUUGCGUAAGAACGAAGAAUAGAGAUUAGUGGGAGGAAGGAAAUAAAAGAAAAGAAAAAGAAAACAAAAUUUUAAGAAAAAAAAAAGUCGUAUCAUUGGUCGAUUAUCGUUAUUGUUAUUUUAUUUCUAUUAUUUUUUCUGAAUAUUAUUAUUGUUGUUGUUGUUGUUAUUAUUAUCGUCACUGUUGCUAUCACUUUCAUUGUCUGGCACAACACGUGGAAAAUUGUCUCUGUGCGGGAAUUCGUAUAUGUCAUACGAAAAUUAAAGAUAAAGAAAGGGUGAGUGUUGUACGUAUGCUUGAGUGAGUGUUAAGUCAUAAGAAAGCGAAAGAUACGAUUUGACGAGAAAUUUGUUUUCAAUAAAGGAAAGAAAGAAUCUGAAAAAAAAAACAUUUGGGGAGAAUGGAAGGAAAAUCGUGUUUAGGAUGGGCGGAAUCAAAAGAAGCCAAAAAAGGAAAAAAAAAUAUUAAAGAACAACGAAUCUAAAACGGAUACCAUUAAAAGGGUAUCCCUGCGUAUCUGUGUCCUUCUGUCCGUCUAUUUGUGCGUAAGUGCGUUGUCACACGUUUCCCAUACGCCUUCCGUGUGUGGGAUCGUGAAAAAAGAAAAAGAAAAAAGAGAGUCGACACGUAAUUUUGCGUCGUCGACCUUACUCGCCCGCUCUUGAUUGGCUGCUCGAAUUUAUUAUUUCUUUUCUUUAACGAGCAUUCCUUCGGUCUUGUUCAAUUCUCUUUUCUUCUUUCUUUAUCUUUACUCGAGAUCCACUGGAUGCGCGCGAGUCCUCGCACGCAAUUAUAUUACACACGUCUAUAUAUAUAUAUAUAUUCAUACGGUUACGUGCACGUGUAUAUCUAUAUAUACGUAUACGUAACCAUCAAGUUCUCGCAGAAGAAAGAAAGAAAGAAAAAAAAAGUGGCUCGUUUUCUUUUUCUUUUCUCUUGUCCGAUCGCCACCUCGAUUUGAACCCUUUGUUCGUACGAUCCUGCGAUUCUUCACCUUUGACCCCGUUAAAAGCUCCGGAGCAACGGAGAGGAGAUAUGGAAAAAAUAGAUAAAGACAAAGAUACGAGCAGUCUCUUGCCAAGGUAUAAGUGACUGUGCAUUGGGAGGGGGACGAGGACAGAAAUAAUAUAUACCGAAUGUACAUGACUGAGAAAGAAUAUAAUAAACCGUGCCAGACGAGCAUAUAGAGAAGAAGAAAAAGAAUCACGAAAAAGAUAAACAAAGGGCUAAGUCGAGCCUUGGGCAUUCGGUGGGACUUUAAUCCGUAAUUAUAUUUCGCUCAGAACAGUGAAAAGGAAGAGGAAGAAGAAGAAGAUGACGGGGGAUGUUGAUCUUGACUGUAAGGGAUGGCCAUUGCUAUUAUUAUUAUUACUAUUACUACUACCAGUACUAUUGCUGAUAUUAUGAUUAUGAUAAUAUUGUUGUUAUUCGACGGUGACGAUAACGACUAAGAGAAAGAAGGAAAAAGAUAUAGGAAAAGGAUUUACCUGCUGCCGACUGAUCAGUGAGAAAGAAAAAAUUUCGAGUAAUUGUGUGUUAAGAGCGUGACUGAGAUGAUAGUAGUCACGCAAUGUGUAUAUGUGAGGGAUGCGUGAAUGAAUAUGUGAGAUCGUUGAUGACGAUCAUGAUUAUGAUGAUGAUGAUGAUGAAAACGUGAUGAAUGACAAGUGAGACGAAACGUUUAUGUAUAAAGUAUUAAUUACCUUAUUAAAAGCCAUUACUCUAAAACAUUAUGUAUGGAUAAACUAAACUAACCCUAUUUAUUAAGGAUAACGUCUACACUCUACGUACACGCAGGAUAUACAGUCUAUCCACGAUAUGUAAAACGAUUAAAUAAAUCGAGCGGUUAAAAAUAUUGUUUAAAAAAUAAUAAACGUAUUUGACGAAAAUAUUACUGGAAGAUGGUCUGCUGAUAGGUUGGACAAGGGCGGGAGAGAACGAUUGACGAGUUGUUGUGAAUGAGAGAGAGAGAGAGAGAGAAAGAGAGAGUGGAUGAUCUUUUGAGCGAACGGACGAAAUAGAAAGAAUCUGUGAGACGUAAAAAGAGUGGAGAAAAUGUAAGACUGAAAGAAAUACGAUUCGCAGCUUA